AUGUUUUAUAAUUUGAAUUGGAGAAAAACUAUACACGAAAAAUUUGCGGACCUUAGCGAUCGAUCAAAAAAAAUGCUUCGACCCGAUAAUCUCGGAUUAAAUUUGGAAAUUCAUCCCGAUGCCUUGGUGAUGAAUCAAGCGAGCAGAGCCGGUAAGACACCUGAAGAAAGCCGAAUUUUGAAGGCAAAAGAUUACAAACUACCCGUGUUUACCAGAUAUCGCGAGGGUACCUGCAAAGACGUUUUUUAUUUCGUUCAAGUUGUGGCUCCAAAGUUCGGCCACGACGCACAUCCCGAAGAAAGCUGUGAUGCGGAGAAACGCCUUUUAGAAAAAGUCAUAAAUGCUCUUAACGACAUGAGACCUAAACCGAGAUUUUUACUCGUACAUGGAAAUUACACGAAUGCAUCACCAAACGAUAAAGAAUAUUUCCCGCAGAUAGAGAGUUUUAAGUCGGCAUUUGAAAAUUUAAGCGCGGAGAUUCCUGUUGUGUGUGUUUGUGGCCCUACAGACUGCGGUAAUCCACUGACAUUGGACGGCGUCGAUGCGUAUCGGAAUACUUUUGGCGAUGACUGGUUUGCCUUCUGGGUUGAAGGAGUUCAGUUUUUAGCCAUGAAUACCAGUUAUUACAAAGACGUGAACGCCGAUAUGGAGAGUUUUAAAACAGAUCAACAGGAAUGGCUUGAAUCAAAGCUGUUGGAAGCACAAGUAAACCCGCCAAAACAAAUCGUUCUUCUGCAAACAACUCCAUGGUUUCGCAAAUCUAUAGAUGAGGAGAGCAAUGCAGACAACAUUGAAUUAAACACGCGCCAAGAAAUCGUUCCUAAACUCAUAGAAGCCAACGUGAAAUACGUUUUCACUGGUAAUUUGAAUGGCUUCGGGAAGGACAAGGAAUUACAGAUAGUUCAAACAAGUUCUUUAAGAAAAACAAAUGAGGUGGAAAAUCUAGGUUUUCGUGUUGUCAAAGUCGAACAUGAGGGAGUUGUACAUAAAUUUUUUUCUUUGGACAACUCCCCAACAGAUCUAAAUUUAGAAUUUUAAUAACUAUUGCUUUUUGCAGCUGCAACCGCAUUCAGAUUGCGAUGUAAUCCGAUAACUCAAAAGUUAGAGGCUAGAAUCAGGUUCUAAAAGAAUUUCACAACCACUAACUUUGUCCACUAGAGAGAGAAGAAUAUUUCAGACACUUUUAUUAUAUUCAUUCUGCUGGCCUAAAGCGAUUAAUCAAUGAAAAGAAGCAUUUCAAAGGAAAGAGCAUCAGAAGUCAAAUAUUUGCUGCGGGUCACAUACAGUUAUCGAAUCAAAUAUAUAUAUAUAUAUUACACUUGUUUGCUCGCAUUCUUCAUUGUGGUUCUUCAAGGCAAUAUUAGACUGCGAUUUUCGGUUUUUACUUAAUUGAGGUUGUAUGUAGAAAAGUGUUUAUAAUCU